CCAGAUUGGGCCCUGGUUAAUGCAUGUGGGGUGAGGGUCGCGGCGCGCAGUUUGUGCAGUCUGGGGUGCUGGCCCGUGUGCUCGCCCUGGAUGCAUGAUCUACUGAGUAACGUUCUGGCCGAGGGGGAGCGGGGCAGGGCUUUGGAAGACCGACUGGGUGGGGUGAUUAGGGUGCUGACUUCUUACUUGAGAUUACUAGGGAAGAGGAAGAGAGGUUCGACUACGGAGAAUAGAAACUGAGCAAAGAGGUAGCGGAUAGAAUAACCCCACUCUUACCUCUCCAGCACGUACACGAGGUUAGCACUUCACCUCUUGGUAGAUCUGUAGCUGGUGUAGAUGUAGAUGGUGGAAGGAGUGAAUAAGGGGCCUAACCUAGCUAGCUUUCUCUUUGUUUUUACUGCAAAUGUUCCAGCAACAGGUGUUCUCUUAAAACAAAAAAGCAUGAACUUGGAUUGAGGCUUGCAUAAUGUAACUUCUGGUUGACUUGGAAGGAAGAUGCUGAAUGUGGCCCCUUCCUGGGGGGUUUGGGUUCUACCCUUAGGGUUGGAUUCUUGCAAACUGAUAAUGUCCAUCAUUGUCUCUGCUCUAGGUCUCUGGCCACCUCUAUGGUAUUAGCUCUUAUCAGACAUUUUAGCAAUCUCCGAGCUAAAGGGCAAAAAACCACGAAUCCCAUUGGCUAAAGACUAUACACUAUUUGAACUAUAGUAGGUUGUGAUUGGCUGAGUGGUUUUUGAUUGUAGAGUUUCUACCAGAAAUUGGCUUCAUCAAAUUCUGCUUUAUUCUGACUUUAUCAUACAUGGCAUGCCUUGUUUUAGUGGGUUCGUGCCUGGAGCUUAAGUAUAUUAUACCUGAAUCCCCUACCAUUUAAAAGCCAAUUUAUAAACAGGGACUUGGAGUGUGACUCCACUAAUGUGUGUGUCUGUGAUCUUGGUUAGAAACCCACUUGGCUGCCUUUCCUCAGAGAGUUGGGGUGUGGGGGAAGGGAGCUGCCGGGAAGUGAUUGAUAAGGUUUCCUUUAUGGAUUCUGUGGUGCUUCACUGGAGCUCAGAGCACUUUGGCAACUUAAGCACUCCAAAUUAAAAGCUCAUUAACAAUUCCUGCCCAAGGAUCCUGUAAAUAAUCGGCUAGCUAGGUCCUAGAGCUUGGCUGAGAGCUCUCCUUCCAACUUGAAAUUUCCAAAUAAAAGUGCCUUUAUUCCCCUUCAUUUUGAAAAGUGUUUUCUUUGUGGUGGGGUAAGUCGGUGAGUGGUCUUUCCCAGGGGAUCUGAGUAGCAUAAAAUCUUAAAUGCAUAGAGUGUUAGACUAGAGGAAUACAGGAAUAGAUUGGUUCCAAACCCAAGUGUUUCUUUGUGCAAAGGGCAUUGCUAGCUUACAAGAGCACCUCUGCAGCCUCUAGUCUUUUGGAAAAUCUGAAUUAGGUGAUAAAUAUGAUAGGUGUCCAGUAAUGGUUUGACUUAUGGUUUGGUUACACUUUGACUUUCUUAGGACUUGAGGUGGACCUGGAAGUAUAUUGCAAGUGUUUAAAGGUCUCUUUGGCCUUUUGCAGUAUGGCCUGUGGGUUUGUGGAAACCAGCCCCGCCCCCAAUCCUGUCCGUAGUUCCUGAGUUCUGAACAUUGUCAGCCUUACCAGUGUCCUCUUCUUGAUUAGGCUAGGAUUCUGGUGUUAUCCUGAGAAACACCACUUUCUUGGUCCAAGCUCAGAUAUUACAAAUGUUUAGUGUUUCUAGGAGUUAACCUCCUUAGGAAGAAAGGUACGCUACUAGAAAACAUGAAAUUCAUCCUUCCAAAAAAUAUAUUGUACUAGUAGCUUCUGAAAGCUCUAUUCAGGAUUAUUCUUCCACAUAAAUGACUGUUAUCCCAAAGUAGUGUGAGUUUAGGGGUUUGAGGUUUGGUAUGGUCCUUAAAUUGUUUCAAAUAGCAGCAGUCCCCAGGGGAUUUGAUCCUUUAUACUGAAAUAGACUUGUUGCAGAGAUGUGUAUUUAUCCACAGCAUUGGGGCUUUCCAGCUCUCACAGAACCUUCAGCAUCCCCAGCUGGCAGUCUUGGCAUCUUCGAAGUCAGGAGAGGAAAUCAUCGAGUUCCCCAUCCUGAAGCUAAAUGGCCGGACCAUGGAGAUUGAGUCUACCUUUCACAUGUAUGUCCAGCCCGUAGUCCAUCCACAGCUUACUCCCUUCUGUACAGAGCUCACCGGGAUUAUUCAAGCCAUGGUGGAUGGUCAGCCAAGCCUGCAGCAAGUGCUGGAGAGGGUCGAUGAGUGGAUGGCGAAAGAAGGCCUCUUAGAUCCAAACGUCAAGUCAAUUUUUGUCACCUGUGGCGACUGGGACUUGAAAGUCAUGCUCCCAGGCCAGUGCCAGUACUUGGGCUUGCCGGUGGCAGAUUACUUCAAGCAGUGGAUUAAUCUGAAAAAGGCUUACAGCUUCGCCAUGGGCUGCUGGCCCAAGAAUGGACUUCUAGACAUGAACAAGGGCCUCAGCCUGCAGCACAUAGGCCGGCCCCACAGCGGCAUUGAUGACUGCAAGAACAUUGCCAACAUCAUGAAGACACUUGCAUAUCAAGGCUUCAUCUUCAAGCAGACAUCAAAGCCAUUCUGAUUGGCCGAGGACGGGAUGGGGCAGGACAGGGUAGCUGCUUGGCCCAGCCCAGAACCCUCCUUUCCCUCACCAGAGGGGAAAAGGGAGAGUGGCACAGCUCUACAUCCAGAGUGUCCCCCAGCCUGCCCUGUGGGCUUGUGCCCUGGGUAAGGGCUUGGCCACUCGGCCCCUCUGGAGCAGACACUUUGUGCCCCCCCCCCCCGCCCCCCCCAACCCCUCAACCUCAGCCCAGCAUUAGCCCCUCCCAUUGUGGGCCUGGGCUAGGGGAACCAGGCACUCACCGCCUCUUCCCUGGUACACAGGCUUCUGCUGGGGCCACCAAGCCCCCCUGUGCCCCCUCCCAUCUGUAGUGCAUGGUGUGUGGUGCCCCCAGGGCUCCAGGACAGAUCAGGCCCCACCUUGUGUCUACCCCCAUCCCCGCUGUGAACGUGCCACUGAAUAAAGUCGGGGAAACGAG